AUGUCAUUCCUCGACUCCAUUUCAAAGCCAGCAACAGCAGGAAGCCUGCAAGAUGGAGCUUCAAACCAGCUGUUUUCGAGCUUCGCACACAAUAUCAACCAACUGCAAAAGAAGGGUGAACUUAUAGGCUCCAAGCGUGACUCGCAAGAACUCCGGUACUCUAUAGAGACAGAAAUAAUUCCUCAGUGCGAAACACUAAGGGACGAGAUUGAGGGCUUGCUGAAAAACACGGCAUCUAACGGCAAGUUGGUAUCCGAUUUCGCAGGGCUAAAAGACGAGCUGUUGCUGAGCAAAAGACACUAUUUAGAGAACAAAUCACGGCAUCCUUUGAAAACCAAGCCUGCAAGGGCAAACUCCUCAUCUCAGAAUUCAGGCUACGUGUCGAUGCCCGUCGCAGAAAAUACCGAGACCACACCAUUGUUGCAGGACCAAGAUCUCAGUCAACAGCAGCAGCAGCAGCAGCAGCAGCGACGAACUCGGUCACAGACUCAACUGCAAGGCGUUGCGGAGGAUGAGCUUAAUUUCCACUCCUUGAUACAACAAGAAAGAUCCGAGGAAAUCGGACGAAUACACUCGGCAGUCCAGGAGGUCAACGCAAUAUUUCAUCAGCUUGGAUCGCUGGUACGAGAGCAGGGAGAUGAGAUUGACACUAUUGAUAACAAUAUAUCAGGCCUCUCUGGAAAUCUUCAGCGCGCCAACGAGCAACUGGGCAAAGCAGAACGGUCUCAACGCCAAAGAAACAGAUGCGGCCUGGUCGCACUAGUCAUGAUGGUUGUGGUUGUACUGAUCGUAAUUCUCGCAGUGAUCGGAUAA